AUGGACUGGGGCGCGCGCGGUGGUCACUUGGACAUUGUCCAGUUUCUCCACGAGCAGCGCCGAGAAGGUUGCACGACGGAAGCCAUGAACUGGGCGGCGAACCUCGGGCACUUGGCGAUCGUCCAAUUCCUGCAUUUCAAGCGCACGGAAGGCUGCACGAAAGAGGCGCUCAACUGGUCGGCGGGCAACGGCCACCUCGACGUCGUUCAGUUUCUGCACACGCACCGCAACGAAGGCAUGACCGAGUACGGCAUGAACAUGGCGGGCUACAACGGCCACGUUGCGACCAUCGAGUUCCUCCACAACCACCGCACCGAAGGCUGCACCGAGUGGGCGAUGACGUGGGCAGCGUCCCAAGGCCACAUGGACAUUGUCCAGUACCUUCAUGCCCAUCGAACCGAGGGCUGCUGCGCCCACACUCUGACCUGGGCAGCGUCCCGCGGCGACUUUGCGAUGGCCGAGUUCCUCCUCCAGCACGGCUACUGCGACAACAAGAUCGAAGCCAUGCGACACGCCGCCCGCGUCGGCCAGUUUGACAUGUGCGUCUUCCUCUAUGAAGACGGCAUGGACGUCCAGAUCCCGCUCGUCUCGGCGGCCAUGCACGGCAUGCUCGACAUUGUCAAAUUCUUGGUGCCCCGGGUCACCCGACACGACGGCUGGGCCGAAGUGCGCAAGGCUGCGGUGGACGCGGGCCACGCGAGCGUCACAGCCUACUUGGACGACGUCCUCGAGCCUUAA